CCGGCCCCGCUGCUUGGCUUGGAAUUAGCCGCCGCUCGCCUCCAAUGUGCCUUGGGCAGCAGCUUGCCAUCUUUGCGUUAGGAUUUCAGAUGCAUGCCACGUUUCCAUUGAAUGCCAGAAGUGGAGAUCUCUACAGAUGGAGCCCCAAAGUCAACAUGGCAGUGGCGGUUCAUUAGUUGUGACUCAGCAGCCUUCCCUGGACAGCAGGCAAAGGCUGGACUAUGAAAGAGAAACUCAGCCAACAGCUAUCUUGUCACUGGAUCAGAUCAAAGUUAUUAGGGGCAGCAAUGAAUACACUGAAGGUCCAUCUGUGGUGAAGAAGUCUGGUCCACGGACAGCACCAAGACAAGAAAAGCAUGAAAGGACUCAUGAAAUCGUACCAAUUAAUGUGAAUAAUAAUUACGAACCCAGGCCCAGCCAUGUAGGACAUGUGGCACAUCAGCAUAAUGUCAGGGCCCCUGUGCUGAGCAGAUCAACUAGCACUGGGAGUGCAGCUAGUUCUGGAAGCAACAGUAGCGCUUCUUCAGAGCAGGGACUGUUGGGAAGAUCACCCCCAUCCAGGCCGGGUUCAGGCCACAGAUCUGAAAGGACCAUCCGGACACAGCCCAAGCAGUCAUCUUUGAUUGUAGAUGAUCUGAAGGGUCCCUUGAAAGAGGACUUGACACAACACAAGUUUAUCUGCGAACAGUGUGGGAAGUGCAAAUGUGGUGAAUGCACAGCCCCGAGGGCCUUACCAUCUUGCUUGGCCUGCAACAGGCAGUGCUUGUGCUCUGCUGAGAGCAUGGUGGAGUACAGCACCUGCAUGUGCCUGAUCAAAGGGAUUUUCUACCACUGUUCCAAUGAUGAUGAAGGGGACUCAUACGCGGAUAAUCCCUGCUCUUGUUCCCAGUCACAUUGCUGUUCCAGGUACCUGUGCAUGGGAGCAAUGUCCUUGUUUUUGCCUUGCUUGCUGUGCUACCCUCCUGCAAAGGGAUGCCUAAAACUGUGCCGAGGGUGUUAUGACCGGAUCAAUCGUCCAGGUUGCCGAUGUAAGAACUCCAACACUGUCUAUUGUAAACUGGAGAGCUGCCCCUCUCGGGGUCAAGGCAAGCCUUCAUGAUUUUUGGAGGGAGAUUUGAUUUUACUUCCUCAGACUUUUGCUUUCAGGUUGUGGCUGAUUUUGCUCUUUGUUAAUCCUUUAACUUUCCUUCCUUUACCCACUUUACAUACAAGUCCUUUUCUUUGCACCCUCCAUAUCCCUUCUUUGACUCAGACAAGUGUGGUAUAUUUUAUUUAGUCAUUUUCAAUCUUUGGUAAGCAUGGACUAUAUAUUUACACCUAAAUCCUCAGUUUAGCAGGACCUUUUAGGCUUGUUAGUAUAAUCCGCUCAUUAAAGAGACAAGGAGGGCUAAUGGGCUUUUUUUGCAGCCUCUUGCUCUACAGAAAACUUCCCAAAGAUGUCCUUUUUGUUCUCCUCAACUGUGGUUGUUUUGUUUUUGUUUAUUUUUUUGCUUCGGAGGAACAAGUCCAACAUUAUUCCAUGACUGAGCUGGAUUAUGAAACAGUUUAAAAAUAGUCCUGAAGGGGUUGGAACCUUAGAAAAUAUAGGGCUGGAUUUUUUUUGUAUUUAUUUUUUUUUAACCAUUGGUCAAAUAAGCUGCUCUUCCCGACCCUUCUUGGAGUUGUCUCAAUCCAGAGACUUGCCUGGCUUGUGCUUCUUUUUUUUUUUUUUUUUUUUUUUCCCCCCCUUCAAUAUUGCUUCAGUUGUUUUGCUUCACUAUGUAGAUCUUCACAUUGGAGACAUGGCUGCAACUUUUCACUUUUUUUCUCUUGCUUUCAAAUCUGUGAAGGACACCAGCCACUCCAGCCCUUCUCUCAUGUUUGUGCAGUCCAUCAAGAUCGCGUUGAUACUGAAGUUGGAGGAGUUUUGUGUAUCCAAGCAGUCUUCAGGUGUCAUUGAAUUAAGUUGCCUAAAUGUUCUUGGAUCUUUACAAUUUCUGUUACUUCCUUGGUUUAGUGAAUUUAGCUCUGAUCUGUGCUUCAUAACUUUACUCUGUUUUGUGUUUUAUUGCCUUAGCCACAAAUUGUGGUCCCUUUUUGUAUAUUUUAUGUAUAAAACACAAAGUUGAAUCCUGACUAUUUUUAAGACAAAAGUCUGUUAAAACUUUUUUUAUUGUAAAGAAUAUUUAUUAUGUGAAUCUCUAUUAUUUUAUGAUAUUUAUUGCAAAAGACUUUGAAAAUGUACUCAUGUCUGAAUAUAACAAAAUAUCAAUACUUAACGAAAAUAAGGGUGACACGAAGAAAGUACAUAUGUUAACUAUAAUGCAGAAAAUAUAUUAAUUAAUGAAAGUGUCUCUUGAGUUCUUCAUUUUGAUAUACAUGUAGGUUGUAUUAUGAGUUCCAUAUCCAUAUUACUACAUGCUUUGUUAUUUUUAUUUUCAUUAUGCCCUGUGAGGUGGUUGAAUUGCUUCGUAUCAGUGCUGUGCAACCACUAGCAUGUGCUCUACUUUUUAUUUACCUAAUAUUGAGGUUGAAAACUAUUUAUCAAAUGAGUUUUGCUUUGAGAUAUUUAAUAAAAUUGAAUGCAUGCAUUUUGCUUGAUAAUACCAACAGGGUUUAGGCCCAAUUUAUUAACAACAUAUUUCAAAAACCUGUUGUGGAAAAAAAAAAAGAGUAUUUUGUUUUUUUUCCCCCCUACACAAUACCAAAUGAACCUUUCCCUUCUUUUUUUAAAAGAGAAUUUGUUGGUUUCUUAUAGUGUACAGCAACAGAGAUAAUGAAUGUUAAGCUCAAAUCUAAAUAAAAAGCAAGAGGCAAAAGUAUAACGACAACUUUCUCAAGUUGUUGAUGACCAGUUGCUUGGGAAGUCCUUUUUUUUUUCUUUAGGAAUAUUGAUUUCCCAGCCUCAGCUGAACUAAUCUGUUCCUUCUCAUUUAAACUCUCCUGAAAGUGAUCUGUGUAACAGCAAUUUGUUGAAUAUGUUCACAUUUAAAUGAUUGCAAAUAUACUUAGUGCAUUAGGGUGAAUGGGAGAGUCUCCAGCUUCCAUUAGUUUGGUCCCAAGCUGUCUAACAUUAGAAUCUUCUAAAUAACAAUGUAUUGACUUCAUAUUUUUAAGCUGUGAUCUUAAUAAGGAGGUCUAGAGAAAACACAUGAAAAAUGAAAUGGUAAAUUACAAUUCUGAAGAAUUCACCAACAAUGGUAAAUAGGUUCUCAAAUGUUGUCACUUUGCAUGGCUUCAUAAUUCAUUCAACAUCUUAAUAUAUAGAAUAUUUGACUAGGCUGGGAUCUUAUCGUUAAGUGCAUCAGAACUAGUGUAGUAUGUGGUGAUGGUGGUAUUUGACCCCGCAUUAUAAAAAAAGUUUGUGUGAAAAAGGUAUAACAUCUUUAAAAUGUUGAUGUUACAUCUGUUGAAAAAUGGGUAAAGCUUUUAUGACAAAAAGCCAUACUGUGGAACUGUAACUUGCAGCUGUAUACAGGAAUAUAAUACUUUCUGUAAUUUAAAACUGGUAUUCCACUCCUGAGUGCACCAACAUAAUCUCAGCAUUGUAGUUGGAAGUGACAAAAGUUUACAGGCUAAAAUGUCUUAACAGAGGCUUGUCUGGUAACAAUGUAUAAAUAUUUUGCUUCCCAAGAAUUAUUUUUCUUUCCUCACAUGUAAUGGAGCAAAACUUCAGCGGAGAACUUUUUUAAGGAAGAACUUGAUUUUUAUUACUUCCUUUUCGUUGGUAUUUUGGCCUAGCGGCAAGACCAGGGAAACCUCUCAAGACAGUGAAAUCCUUGUCAAACUGUUACCAUUGGUCAGACACAACCACUUACCCGGUUAUGUGCCAACAAUCAAAACGAAAAGACUGAGCCAGCUUUAUUCACAUAACUGGGUGACAGUGUGUGUGUUUGUGUGCAUGUGCAUACAUGCACCAGCUUUGUUCCCUUGUUUUACAUUGAGUUAUGCUUACUCUUAAGAGAUUUUACUUUUUUCAUUAAUCUGUAUCUGAAUCCUGCUUUCCAUAGCUUUUCAUUCCCUAGCUAUGGAUGAUUUUUUUUUAAACAUGCAGCCUGACUGAAAACAAAGGAAUCAUAUAUAUUCUGGCUCCUGAUUAAUCAUACUUUUCAAGUUAUAUAACAUGGUCUAUGAUAACUGUUUUGGCUUCUGGUUUCUUGAAACUUAACAUACUGUCUUGUGACUAUAUGGCAGGAAAAUGCCAAGGAAAACUCUUUCUUAUCUCAUUCAGUUCUUCCAUACUGAAGUUAGAAAAUUUAAACUUCAUUAUAUGUAUACAUGCGGGGCAGUCUUACAGCUGUUAUGUUUCACCAUAGGGCUACACUUAAGUUUGUUUGGGUUUUUUUGACUGUCUAAUUGCCAUAUUUAUUGCAUAGUUCACACAUGUUUGACUUUUUAAUAGUCACUGAGAUCCUUCAGAAUGUAGGGUGGUUGUCUUUUAUACCUCAGAAAGUUGUUACAUCUCAUAACAUGAUAUCUUCUAUAUCUUGAAAGUGAUUCUCAUUAAGUGGGGUGAAGAAACUUCUUCCUUGGAAGUAAAUAUGAGCAAGUAAGCAAAAGCAUGGUAAGUCUUGCAUCCUAAAGGUCCCACAGUUCAAAAACUUAGAUAGAAUGUCUUGUUCAGUCUUACUCUAAAUGUUUAUGCUGAUUGAGAGUUAUAAUUUUUCCACUGGCUAACUAUAAACUGUGUUACAUUCAAAAUAUACUUGUACUGUCAAUAUAUGCAUCACAUAUCAAAACCACUUGCAUAACUUUUUGAGAGAAAGAGAUCAGGUUUGUCAUCUUCUCAUCAUUAAACAGGUACAGAUUUCAGUUCUUCAUCCCAGAUUUUGAUUUGGAAAACUCUUUGGGACACUUUCUACAUAUUUGUACGGCACCUAAGACAGUGGGGCCUCACCUAGUUGUUCCCAAGGUUCUAGUAUAAUAUCAUUAAUAAGUGACAUUAUUAUUAAUAGAAUUAAUAUUCAAGAACACCUAAAUUCCUUUUUGGCAGUAGGCAAGGAUUUCUUAAAGAGAGAACUUUUAUUCAAUUUACUGCAUCUCACAUGAUUUCUGGACUGUCAUGGCUACAUCAUUCUUGGCAGAAUUAAUUUUAAUGUGGAAUAGCAUAGCACAAGACUAUCCUUCAAAUGCCAUGGAGAUUUUAAUUUGAAAAAAAACAGAAAUUACAAUGCUGAUAUACAAUAAAGUAUAAAGUUCAGUUUAUUGACUGAUCUAUUCGUGUUAGUUUGGGUACAUUUAAACAAGACCAUCACCUGGCUGUGAAUAGAAAGGUUCUGAAAUGUGCUGCCUGUGUGAGAGGUGAUUUUUUUUUUUUUUUUUUGUAACAAUUAUAAAAUAAGUGAUUUCUAAAGUUAAAAGAAUGUUGUAAUCAGAUGGUAAAUGAAGAAGUAAGUGGCCUGCUUAGAGGUAUGUCUAGUUAAAGAUAAAAUUUUUCAAAUGGAAAUGGUACCAUUGGAAGAAAUCUUACCAGACACUUGGUGCAUCCAGACGAGUACAGCCGUGUGGUAUGUGGCACCGCAAACAUGUCUGCAGCACCACAUACCCCACAGCCAGCUGUUCUUUAUGCUGCAAGGGUGCGCUAUCCAUGUGUGCGCUGCUCCAUUUUUUUUUUUUUUUCCCCCCUCCCCCCACCCCUACCCUACCAUGGGUUUUUUGACCUCUGGAUAUCCAGGGGGCAAAAAAAAGAAACACAGGGGGAAAAAAAACCCAGAGCAGCGCAUGCACAGGCAGCACGUGACUAAAAAGAGGAGCCGGGCUGUCUGAAGCCAGGCUCCACCCGGCAGGAUGGCCACAGCUGUGGCCCUGGGAGGCCCCCUACCAGCCUCCCUACCACCCCUGGAGUAACUUGCCAUGCACUAACGCGCACAUGGCACAGGUGUUGCCUGGAGACAAGUAGCUGAGGUGCAAGGUGUGUCACUGCUACUUGUCCCUGGGGAACCAAACGUCCAUGCUCAUCUGGAUGCAGCCCUUAAGUCCCAAUUCGUGAUGGCUCUAGCAAAAGAAAAUGACUUACUCUUACGUGUUGUGUAUUGUAAUGUGUGUUGUAAUGACAGGUGAGAGAGGGCAGCCUCUGCCAUGUAGUUAAAAGCUGUUAAGAGGGUUUGAAGUGUGUUAAAUAGGGUUAAAAGAGCCAAGUAACUAUUUUGGAGGGUUUGUGUGGAAAGAUUAUUGGAAGUGUAACUUGGAACCCCCUUUUUUAAGACUGGUUUUUAUCUUGGGAGAAUAUUCAAGUUUCUCCAGUACUUUUAAUCCCAAAUUUGCCAAGACGGUUCUCAGAACGUUGAGGAAUCCUAAGCAGUUGAUGUUAGUUUUCUUCCAACUGGAAUGUUGUGUCAUAGCAGUGAUGGACUUCCCAGAAGAGCAGGAAUAGAACCUCACCUGGUACCACAUGACUGGAUUUAGAAGGUGUUUAUAAAAUGCACAGGUUUAAUUUAACUUUCCUUUUGGAAGAUUCUCUUUAAACCAGUUCUUUUUUUUUCUAGGUGUGGUCAUUUCCUACCCCAAAAGGAAAGAGACAGUGGCAUGGCUUUUCACACUGAGGCUUGAUGGUGGCUGCUUAGCCAUAUUGCCAGUGUUUUUAAGAACUUGAAUAUUUGUUGGGGAGGUUCCACCCAAAAGCAGGCAGUUUACUUGGGGCAACUUCAAAACUGUUUUACCCCACAAAACCUUACUAGUGUGGGGGUUUUUGCAGAGGGAUUGGAACAGCUGUUCCAUAUGGAUCCUUUGUUUGGAAGAGUGAAGCACUAUGAUGUUAACAACUGUGAAUUGUGCACAAAACAGAUGAAACUAUAUGGGAGGACAAAAUUGGUCUCUGGGUGGGGUGGUGACUUUUCUAGGCACCAAUAGCAGAACUGUUGCAGGAUAUACUUUGGCAUUGUUUCAAUGUAAGAAAAUGGCAUACAGACAGAGAGCUAUCAUACUUCCCAUUUUUCCAAAUACGUUGUAUAUCUUUGAAUUACACAUUCUAUGCAAUGAGUUUACUGUUAAAUUAGGAUUUAUUUCCAGGGCAUACGAGAUUAGCAUAAUAAUAAAAAGCCCCACAGAUUCCCUGCAUCCAUUAUUUAACAAUGAUCAUAAAGCUUUUAAACUGAACUUUUUGUUUGUGUAUUUUUACUGGGGUGUUCCAAAAUGAUCUUUGAUUUUUGUAGGUAGCAUUAUUUGGGAAUUGCUAUGGAUAACAAGUGUUGCUUCAGUUUGAUUUCAUGAAUUAACAUGUUGCUUUUAUACACAGAAAUUAUACCUUUGGACACAGGCAUGUCUGCACUGCCUCUGCAUAGUGUCAGGGAGCUCCAUAUUGAUGCCUGCUGUACCUAAUGCAUGUGUGAUACUUCUCAAACUGGAAGUAAUAUAGCUGCCUUAGUCUGCUACUGGGAUCAUGCCAAUAAGUUCUCCCAAGCUUAUGGAGAAUAGUUUUUUUAAAGAAAUACAGCAGUGCACUCAGGUGGAUGGCUACAUUACUCUUAUUUAGUACCCACCCUGCAGAUGCAGGCUCUUUAUGUCCCUCAACAUGGUGCUUUCUGCCUCUGUGUUGAGGUGAUACAUAUAUACCCAUUUUGUCUUUUUCACUUAAGUGUUUUAUUUUUGUUUUGGUUUUUUUGCCUCAAAUAUUAAAAUUUCAUCCGCCACCACCAAGAUCCACGUCUGCAGAGGCUAACUGGGUAUAAACCACAAAAUGGUUCUGUUUCUUGAACUCAAACUACUUUUGGAAUUAACCAGUUUUAUUUUGGUGUCAACUGUUGGUAAUUUAUACCCAUGACAGGUUGGUCUCAUAAUAUUGGUGCAGUGUUAAAGAGUCCGUAAUCCAGAUAGCAAUCCCCUUGUACUGGGCACUGAACAAACACCCAAGGAGAAUCCCUGCCUCAACUAGAUCACAAGAUUUAAAAAAAUGUAAUGAGAUUGCCAUGCUGGCCACUUAGAAAGUUUAAUGUUAGAUUUAAAUAUCAAGGGAGUGAAAGGCCGAACCCAUUGAAGCACACCCCCCCCCCCCCCC